AUGAAACAGAAUAUAGAUAUAAAUACACCAUGUCAAAGAGAUAUUGAAGAUCUUGAUAUUUAUCCUCCUCAUCCUUACUUUAAAAAUUCACAAGAUAAGGCUAAUAAAAUGAAAGAUAUGAAUCAGGACGAUAGCUAUAUUGAUGAUUUCUUUCAACUAGUUAAUUUUUGGCGUUACAACAUGAAUAUUGGUUCAAAUGAUUCAACUAUACUUGGGGAUUGCUUAGAUAAAAAUAAUGAAGCUACAAUGUUUAAAGAAUAUAUUUUAUCACUAUUACAUGUAGAAGGUGAUAGUUACAAGAAUUUGUUUCCUCAAGAAAUUUUAAUGGACACAUUAGUUUCUAAUAAAAAGAGUAAGGAUAUGCUUAAUAAAGUUAGAAUGAUUAACAAAAUUGAAUUAAUUGAAAAUAAGAGAGCCAGAAAUAAUGAAGAUGAUAGCUUAUUAUUUGGUGGGAAUGAAGGGCAGAAUGAAGACACAAACAUUUCACAAGAAGAGGACGAAGAUCUAUUUGAUGGGGAUUUGGAGUAUGCAAAGAUGAAUGAUAAUGAUGAAUUUGAUGAAUUAGCUGAUAAUACAAAUGAUUAUGACGUUAUUUAA